CCGCACCAAAACUCGCUCUCUCUAAAAUGUUAUAAUAUUUGAAGCGACAUUAAAAUCGAUGACAUUGGACAUAUGAGGAAAACAAACUGACUGUUGAAAUAUUACUUAAUAAUAUGCCCUGGAAUGUAUUUAAGUUGUAGAAGCCUUGUUUUCUCAUAAGUUCAUGACUUGAUUGCGCUCGCGGAUGUCAAGUCUCUCGCGCGCGCAAGAGAAGCGCACAGUCUGCCGAGAGCGCGUGAGUCAGUUCACGUGCAGAAAAGAAAAUCCCGUAGAUCUUUUAUCAUUACGCUCGUGUUUGUGGGCGAUUAUCACUGAAAGGGAACCGAACAACUCUUCAGGCGGACUGUCGUGAAGUGUACGGGGAAAAUGGAUCUGUAAAGGCGCGAUUUUUGUCUGUCAGUUGAUGUAAGUGUGGACGGAGGGGCUCGUACAGGAGAUGGCAGCUCUGAUGGCUUUAGGACUUUGGUUUGUCGCACUCACCGUGGCGACUGUAUGUUGUUCAGAGGUGGAGGAGCGGUUAAUAAACUAUUUACUCUCCCCUGACCGAUACAACAAGCUGAUCCGGCCGGCGGUCAACAAGAGCCAGCAGGUCACCAUUGCAAUCCAAGUGUCUCUUGCCCAGCUCAUCAGUGUGAAUGAAAGAGAGCAGAUCAUGACCACAAACUGUUGGCUUACUCAGGUAUGGAAUGAUUAUCGAUUGAUGUGGGAUCCAGAGGAGUAUGAAGGGAUCAGGAAAGUUCGCCUUCCUUCCCAACAUAUAUGGCUGCCUGACAUUGUCCUGUACAACAAUGCUGAUGGGACAUAUGAAGUGUCUUUCUACUCCAAUGCGGUCGUGUCAAAUAACGGUGAGGUUGCCUGGCUACCACCAGCCAUUUAUAAGAGUGCCUGUAAAAUUGAGGUCCGGGACUUCCCCUUUGACCAGCAAAACUGCACACUUAAGUUCCGUUCAUGGACUUAUGACCACACAGAAAUUGACCUUAUCUUGCUGUCAGACUUUGCCAGUCGAGAUGACUUCAAGCCAAGCGGUGAGUGGGAUAUUGUCUCCUUACCUGGUCGCAAAAACGAAGACCCUAAUGACGUCACAUAUUUGGAUAUAACAUACGAUUUUAUCAUCAGACGCAAACCACUGUUCUACACCAUUAACCUAAUUAUCCCCUGUGUUCUCAUCACUUCACUGGCCAUCUUAGUUUUUUACCUACCAUCAGACUGUGGGGAGAAGAUGACUUUGUGUAUUUCUGUUCUUCUGGCCUUAACUGUGUUCCUCUUACUGAUUUCCAAAAUCGUACCUCCGACCUCACUCGCUGUGCCCCUCAUCGGAAAGUACUUGAUGUUCACCAUGGUGUUGGUGACUUUUUCAAUUGUUACAAGUGUGUGUGUGCUAAACGUGCACCAUCGGUCCCCAAGCACACACACUAUGCCAAAGUGGGUCAAACACUACUUCCUGGCCCGUUUGCCUGCUUUCCUCUUCAUGCGACGACCAGGAGAGUCCAACAAACGCGAGAAAUUUCGUAGGAAGCACCAGCAGUGCUCUUCAUCUGAUCUCCCAGCAAAAUGUGAGGCUGAUGAGACUGAUUCCACCUUCUUUGUCAAUGAAGAUUCUGUCAAGCACAUCGGUUGGAGACCUGGCGAGUUGCAGGAAAACACAGAGUUUCGUAAGCGAAUGGCGGUAAAAUGCUCUGCGGAUGUGGAGGAGGCUGUGAAGGGGGUCCGAUACAUUGCUGACAAGUUGAAGAAUGAGGAUGAUGAUGAAGGGAUUGUUGAGGAUUGGAAAUACGUGGCUAUGGUGAUUGACCGUCUGUUUCUGUGGAUCUUUGUUUUAGUGUGCGUUACAGGAACCCUCGGCCUCUUCACGCAGCCGCUCUUCAAGAGCUAUAACACACCCACCAGUGAUGAUUUGUAGAUCACAUAAAGUCAGACCAGCUUCAACCCAACCCACAUAUCUGUUUAUUUUCAGUGCACACCCCACAACCCAGUCUUAUCAUGAACUUGACAUGACAACCUGCUUAUAUCAACAAAUAUUGUAGCAAAAAAACAGACAAAGAACUUCAAACCUGACACUUUUCAUAAAGCGUUAAGCUCUGUGUACCAUUCAAUGCACAAUGACACAAAAUUCUUAGAUGCCGUUGAGUCAGAGCACAAUACUGGACACACACUGAAUAUUUAUAUGCCCCUAACACUGACCCGAACUCAAAAACCCUUCAGAGCUGUCAUUCAUCCACAACAUUUAGCCCUGGAGGCCUCAGCAUUCUCUAACCUCUCAUAGAAAAUAACUCCCCAAAUCCCAAAAUGACUCCAAACCAACACUCCUCUUGAUUUGUCAAAACUGACUGUUUUUCUGAAAAAAUUAUAAUUUUCUGAAAUUCCCAAAAUGUUCAUGUGCAGGAUGAUUACAAAUUAUUACAGUUAGACAGUGCAGUCUAGAGAACACUUGUUUACAUCAGGGAACUAAUUACAGACCUGUAACCGGAACAUAGAUUAUACACCUUAACAUAGUGUACUACACAUGUGCAUGUACCUUUCUUUAACACACGUUCACACCCCCCCUCCCCCCAUUAUACUGUUAGAUUGGUUUAAAAGUUACAUAAACAGCAUCUUGCAACAGCAUUUUGAUUGACAUAUUUACAGACAGAUUUUUGGACGUGCUGUCGUUGGAAUGACUCAUGAGUGCUUAACAUAUAUUUAUCAUAAUGUUAUUUUAUGAUGAUUAUGUGAUGGAUUAAGAAAAGUAAAUUAAAACCAUACAAAAUUG